AGCCUGUCUUUAUAUUUCUCGGUGGUGAGUUUUCUUCUGAAUGUAUUUGUUUACAUUUGACCAACAGAAAAUAAAGUGCAGAUUUCCAUAUUCGAACAUUCAAAUUAAAUAAAAACAAAGUUUACUUUGUAUAAAGUUACUAAAUAUUUUAUUUAAAGUCUAAUAAUUGUAGUGAACAUAAGUUUUAUACAAGAGAAAAUGUCCGUUGGACCAGAUAUCGCCAAAGAAGCGGAAAAUACACCCAUCGUGCGGGGCUAUGAUUGGAAUCAGGGAAUUGAUUACUCAAAAUUAUUUGAGUCGUAUGUUAAUACGAGGUUUCAAGCUACUAAUCUUGCGUUGGCAGUAAGAGAAAUCAAUCUAAUGGUUGAAGAAGACUUUAUUAAACGCCUAGCACCUACGUACAUGGGAUCAUUCGAAUUAUCUGGCGAAGAUUUACGGGAUCGUGGUAUAAAUCGUAUAGGUAAUUUGAUUGUACCGAACGAUAAUUAUUGCAAGUUCGAGGAUUGGCUCAUGCCGCUACUUAAUAAAAUGGUUGAAGAGCAAAAAGCGAAAGGCAUUUGGUCUCCUUCUCAUAUUAUACAACUACUUGGGGAAAGGAUAAACGACACCAGCUCAAUAUACUACAGGGCUGCGAAACAUAAAAUACCUGUGUUUUGCCCUGCGCUAACAGGUGGUAUGAUGUAUUUCCACUCUUUCCGUUACCCCGGAUUAGUGGUAGAUAUUUUGUCCGAUUUGCGAUGUCUAAACACUAUGGCUGUGAAAGCCACCAAAUCGAGAAUGAUGAUAAUUGGUGGCGGUAUUAUAAAUCGGUGGUUAUAUCACAUAUGCAAUGCGAAUUUGAUGAGAAAUGGAGCCGAUUAUUCCGUUUUUAUUAACACAGCUUCGGAAUUCGAU